GUAAUAGAACUUGAAGCAUCAUUCAUGUACGUGUGUUGUGUCGGCAUCCUCGUUUGUUAAAGGCCUGUUCAAUUUCGUAAAGUAUAAAGUUAUAAUUUUGCUGUAACUAUAAGAAAAUAAAAAUUUUUGAAAUAUGGCUGAAGCGGCUGACUUAUCUACGGCCAUCCUUAAGGACAAGAAGCGGCCCAACAGGCUAGUGGUUGAAGAUGCAGUCAAUGACGACAACUCGGUGGUGGCGCUGGGCCAGGCAAAGAUGGACGAACUGCAGCUCUUCCGUGGCGACACAGUCCUGCUCAAGGGCAAGAAGCGCAAGCAGACUGUCUGCAUCGUCCUCAGUGACGAGAACUGCCCUGAUGACAAAAUCCGCAUGAACAGAGUUGUGCGCAACAACCUGCGGGUGAGGCUGGGUGACGUGGUGUCGGUGCAGCCGUGCCCUGACGUCAAGUAUGGCAAGCGCAUCCACGUGUUGCCCAUUGACGACACCAUUGAGGGACUCUCUGGCAACAUUUUUGAGGUAUACCUGAAGCCCUACUUCCUGGAGGCAUACCGCCCCAUCCACAAGGGGGACCUGUUCAUGGUGCGGGGGGGCAUGCGGGCCGUGGAGUUCAAGGUGGUGGAGACGGACCCGGCCCCUUACUGCAUCGUGUCCCAGGACACCGUCAUCUACUGCGAGGGCGAGCCUGUCAAGCGUGAGGAGGAGGACGAGAGCCUGAACGAGGUUGGCUACGACGACAUCGGAGGCUGUAGGAAGCAGAUGGCACAGAUCAAGGAGAUGGUCGAGCUGCCCCUCCGUCACCCCUCCCUCUUCAAGGCCAUCGGGGUCAAGCCCCCCAGGGGCAUCCUGCUCUACGGNCGUCCAGGCACGGGCAAGACGCUGAUCGCGCGGGCGGUCGCCAACGAGACGGGCUCGUUCUUCUUCCUGAUCAACGGCCCUGAGAUNGUAGUGGUGAAUAGCUGUGGUGAACAAGAGGGAGAAGGUGAUGAUGGGUAGUGGUGAAUAGCUGUGGUGAACAAGAGGGAGAAGACGCACGGUGAGGUGGAGCGUCGCAUUGUGUCACAGCUGCUGACUCUGAUGGACGGUCUGAAGCAGCGCGCCCACGUCAUCGUGAUGGCGGCCACCAACCGCCCCAACAGCAUUGACCCUGCCCUGCGACGCUUUGGUCGCUUUGACAGAGAAGUCGACAUCGGAAUCCCAGACCAGACCGGUCGGCUUGAGGUCCUGCGCAUCCACACGAAGAACAUGAGGCUUGCAGAGGAUGUGGAGCUGGAGCAGGUGGCUGCGGAGACCCAUGGGCAUGUGGGUGCGGAUCUUGCGGCUCUGUGCUCUGAAGCUGCCCUGCAGCAGAUCAGGGAGAAGAUGGAUCUUAUCGAUAUGGAAGACGAUCAGAUUGACGCAGAGGUGCUGAACUCCCUUGCUGUUACAAUGGAGAACUUCAGGUUCGCCAUGGGCAAGUCUUCACCUUCAGCCCUGCGCGAGACUGUGGUUGAGGUCCCCAACAUCACAUGGCAGGAUGUAGGAGGCCUGGAGGGCGUGAAGCGUGAGCUGCAGGAGCUGGUGCAGUAUCCUGUCGAGCAUCCUGACAAGUUCCUCAAGUUUGGCAUGACCCCCAGCAAAGGGGUGCUCUUCUACGGCCCCCCUGGCUGCGGCAAGACGCUGCUAGCCAAGGCUAUCGCCAACGAGUGUCAGGCAAACUUCAUCAGCAUCAAAGGGCCUGAGCUCCUGACCAUGUGGUUCGGAGAGAGCGAGGCUAACGUCAGGGACGUCUUUGAUAAGGCAAGGUCGGCGGCGCCGUGCGUGCUGUUCUUCGACGAGCUCGACAGCAUCGCCAAGGCCAGGGGCGGCUCUGCUGGUGACGCGGGGGGCGCUGCUGACCGCGUCAUCAACCAGGUGGGUCAUCAACCAGGUGGGUCAUCACAUGCAUAUCAUCAUGUGCUAAGUGGGUCAUCAACCAGGUGGGUCAUCACAUGUAUAGUGGGUCAUCACAUGCAAGGUGGGUCAUCACAUGCNAUACUGAAGGCCUGUCUCAGGAAGAGCCCAGACGUUGACCUGGACUUCCUGGCGCGCAGCACGAAGGGCUUCUCAGGCGCCGACCUCACCGAGAUCUGCCAGCGCGCCUGCAAGCUCGCCAUCCGCCAGGCCAUCGAGAUGGAGAUACGCAGGGAGAAGGCCGGCAACGCUGACGACAUGGAGAUGGACGAGGACCCUGUCUCUGAGAUCACAAAGGAACACUUCGAGGGAGUGAUGAAGUUCCCCCUCCAACCCUCUUUACCCCAAAUAACCCCUUGUCCCCUAGCUACCUAUGCCCCCAACCAAGCCCCUAUGGACGAGGACCCAGGCAGCGGCAGCGGGACGGGCAGCGCUGGCGCCGCAGGAGGGGCGGGAGGUGCGGGCGGCACCGGGGGCUUUGGUGCCGACGGGGAUGACGAUGAUUUGUACUCUUAAAUAACUUGCAUAUAGAUUAAGUUGUGUGGUCCUGGAGGCUGAGGUUCGUAGGUGAAUGUAACCCUCGUGGACUCUGUGACAUGUGUUAAUUACCUUGGGUUUGUUAUACACUACACAUUGUAGGUUCAGCACCGUGCACAAAUUCCUUAGAAAUGCAUAUAUGAAUUAACGCCCACACGCACGGUUAUUUACAUAAAAGAUUUCGGCACGAAUACGUUGUGAGGAGUAAAUAGAGAUUAAAAUAUCUCAGGGUUUGUCCCUGAUUUCAUUCCAAUUUUUCUUACAGGUUUCUUUCAUUGAUCAGGUUCAUAGGAACAUCAUUUUUAUAUAUCAAAAAUGAUAUAAUUUUUUUCCUGUCCAUGCAUAGCGCAAGUGGUGAAGAAUUUAUGGAAUUUGAAGCUACACUGGGAGAAAUGAGCGGCGUAUUGUCAAAAUAACUUCAUUUUUUGCCUUUGAAUGACCAAGUAAUAGAAGGUAUCUAUGCUAUGUCCUCUGUUUGCUCCGGCUGUGGGUUAGAGAGUGCGUCGGUUUUCGGACAAAAUAACCCAUUAAUUUUUCAGAUUGUAGUCUGUGAUGUGAAUAAGGGCUACACCGAAAUUCAGUUGCUGUUUCUGUUUAAAUUGUAACAUUUCUCAAAUUAUUUCGUUUCGUUUCUUAGGAACUUCGUAUCUUGUCGGUCAUUGCAAGUCUUUCCAUAAUCUCUCAAUUAUCUUUAUUUUCUAUCUUACAUCUUACUUCAUUUUCUUGGGAGUGCAUGUAUAUGCCACGCAAAGGAGUUAUUCAUUACACGAGUUUUGUUAAGAUGGAAGUUUUUGUAUUGAAGUUGAGCACACGUGUUACUGAAGGGAGCACACGUGUUACUGAAGGGAGCACACGUGUUACUGAAGGGAGCACACGUGUUACUGAAGGGAGCACACGUGUUCAAUAGGCCUUGCUGUUUUGUGCAAGAAAAUGAAGAUCUUCA